AUGGAGGAAACAAUUAUUUGGAUGUGUCUGAUGCUGCUUACAGCAGUUUGUGAAUCAGAAACCGCACUUAAAACAAAAGAAGUGCUUGUGAUUGGUGGAGGGAUAUCAGGUCUCGCUGCUGCCAGGAAACUGGCCAACCAUCCUUCCCAGCUCUAUGAGGUAACAGUGCUAGAAGCAAGAAAAGAACGAUAUGGAGGUCGGAUAUGGACAAGCAGGAAGUUCUUCAAGAAUCCAAUUGGGGCAGAGACAGACCUUGGAUGUGUCUGGAUAAACUCUAAAGAAAAGGACAACCCCAUCUCCGCUAUUGCAAGGAAAGGAGAGCUAGGAACUAAAAUUUCUGGACCUAUUCAGCUCCAUGUUCCAGAAGCUGGCAAAAUAUUCAAAGGGGAUGAGGCUAAUAAAAUAUUUACAGAAGUUUUCUCUAUCAUACAGACUGCUGUAGACAAAGUGAAAGUUUCUGGUGUAGAUAUUCCUCUACAGAAGGCUGUUGAGGACGAAAUCGCACGUCAUACAUUCCAAGGUGACCGAGGUAUCAUUACCAACAUUCUACGCAAUCAUCAUGCCAUCGCCAAGGCAGACUACUCUGCAAUGCAUUUUGACCCAGUGAAACAGUUUGGCUGGAACACAGUGGUUGUCGAUGGAUAUGACCAGGUUCUAGAUGUCCUUGUGUCUGGUCUAGGGUCAGAGAGACCGCUCUCCAUCAACCUUAACCAGAUUGUCAGACAGAUCCGUAUUGAUUCAGACAAGAAGAAGGUCAUUGUGCGAACCAAGGACCUGAAACAGCUGACUGCUGACCUUGUGGUUGUGGCAGUGCCCAUUGGUGUGCUGAGGAACAAAGCCAUUCUGUUUGAUCCUGUACUUCCUACAGAAUGGUACAAGGCUAUAAAGGAAUUAGGUGUGUACAAUUCACAAAAAGUGAUCGUAGGCUUUUCCGAGGCAUUCUGGCCGACAGAUAUCGGUGUAUUUACCAUGACAACACCAGAAGGGCAAGAGCCGUUCAUCCAGACCUGGUUCAACAUGCAAAAUCUGGUUGGUAGGCCGUUUCUGAUUGGUUCAUUAUAUGACACUGCAGCUGUGAACUUGGAACAAACACCUGUAGAGGAACUGAAACAAGAAGUAAUGAAAGUUUUAGGGAAAUUGUUUGGAGAAGACUUGGUGAGCCAACAUAACAUGACUACAUUGGUGAGAUCACAAUGGACCAGUGACCCAUUCACCUUGGGAUCUGGGGCCUACCCAAGGGCAGGUAAUACUGAAGAGUUGUGGAACGUAUUGAGCUCUCCAGUUUGUCCAUACCUCUAUUUUGCUGGGGAACACACAAGUCUGGAUGGCAUGGUUGGAUCGCAUGGAUCAUACAAUACAGGGAUCAGGGCUGCUGAACAGAUUCUUAAUGGCCGAUGUGAGAGGGAACUCAAACGACAGCAGAAAAAGAAGGAAGAGAAAGACAAAACCACAGGAGACAAAAAUACCAAAAAAGAUGAAUUAUGA